GUACCACGAUGCGACAUGUGCGACCCAGGUCGGACGCGGGUCGGUCGGCGGCAGUCUGGUCCCAGCGGCGCGCGCAUGGACUCGAGAGACGCGACCGGCGACGGUAACGCCGACAGGCGCUGGGUGAGGGACGUCCUCCGACGCCACUUGGGGCCGGGCGCCCGCGUGGGCGACCCGACGCCCUUCUGCGCCGCGGGGGACGGGUUCGCGUCCGAGAUGUUCUCCGUCGAGACUGAGGACGGCCCUCUGGUCGUGAAGACCUUGCCCGGGGAGCCGCGACGGAGCGCGAGGAGGCUGGACCGGCAGUUUGCGAACGAGGCCCGCUUCUACGGCGAGGUGCUGCCGUUCCUGCUGGGGGCGCGCGCCGGGGAAGACGACAUCAUCGCGCGGAUGUUCCCGAGGUUCGUCUGCGCUCACGCGGACCCGGGGCGGGCCCUGGUUGCCGUCGAAGACCUGAGACCGCGAGGGUUCCGACUCGCACCGAAGACCCUGGACCUGGUCCACUCGCGGCUGGCCCUGCGCGCGCUGGGGAAGUUCCACGCCUUGUCCCUCGCGGCCAAGAGGAGGACCCCCGCAGAGUUCCAGGAGGUCGUCGUCGCCGGAGCGAAACAUUGGAGACAGCUCACGUCGGACGAGCUGCCGACGAUGAUGCGGGAGUGCCUGGACCACGCCGUUCAGGCGUACGCGGAAUUCUUCCCGGAGGAUAAGGCCGGGCGCGCCGGCGACGACUUGAACAGGAUCCUCGGCCUCGUCGACAGCUUCGACGGCUCCGCCGACCCGGAGGAACCGCUGGCGGUGCUGUGCCACGGCGACUUCAACCGCAACAACCUGCUGUUCGGGUACGGCGAGGACGGCGUGCCGACUUCCCUCGUGCUCAUCGACUUCCAGCUGGCGACGUACUGUUCCCCGGGAGUCGACCUGUCGCUGCUGCUGUUCCUCAGCGCGUCCGCCGAGGUGCGGCGCCUCCACUGGGACGAGCUACUCCUGGAGUACCGCACUUCUCUGCUGGAGACGAUGCAGCGACUCCUCGGGUGCGGGCGAGACGUCCUGGAGAAGGAGUACUCCGCGGAGCUCUUCGCGGAAGACUUCCGCAGGCACUGCCACCACGGGUUCCUCAUCGCCAUCUUCUUCCAGCCCUUCUUGAUGCUUCCCCCUGACCUGCUCGCCAGCAUGGACGACGGAAAAACACUAGGAGAUGUCAAGUCGUCGGUCUCAUGCGUGAUGCAAAAUAUCGGCGAGGAAGGUAGGCGCAGCCUUGGCGCGUUAGUGAAAGAUGUUAUAGACAAAGGUUAUUUCUGAAUGUGUAUUCGCCUGUGAUUGCUCGUGGGUAUUCUGCGUGAAUUCAUUUUUCUCGUUAUUAAAAUUUCCUUUGAGGUUAACCAUGACCUCAUAUUCUAUAACCAUCAACUUAUCUCAAUUAUUUAAAUGUUUUGUGGUUUGCUGUGUUUUAAAUUAGGUUGAUACGUUAUUAGGUGUUAACUUUGAUUUAAUUUUUUUUACGUAACAAGGUUUAAAAGUUUUAUGUUUAUCACCCAUUAAGUUUAAAUUAUACAGAUUUUUUUUUUUUUCAUAUCUCACUGUCGGUUACAUUUCAUGUUCAUUUACUAUCCCGGUUUACAUUAAAUGUUGGGUUUAUAAUUUAAACAAGACGUUUUUAUUAUUUUUGUGAAUUUUUAAAUUAUAAAGAUGUUUUGAUUGAUAGGGCAUGAAAAGAAGUUAACAUUUUUGUGCCAUUAAAAAGUCUUGCUAUUUGCCAUUAAUUCUCAAAUUAAAUAUCUUUGAUGUAAAUCUUGAUAAUAAAAUAUUCACUUAUAUUCAAGUUAACGUUAAAAAAAAGAUUUAUCCCUAAAUAAAAGAAAAUAAUUUUAGAA